AUCUUGAUCUUCAUGGUGGUGGGGCCGUCGCUGAUGGUCUUGAACAAAGAGAUCUUGGAUGUGGUAGGAUUCAAAUAUCCCAUGCUGGUGUCCUGCCUCGGCCUUGUGUUUGCAGCAGUCUUCACGCAGCUCCUGAAGCGCUUGAACCUGCUGAAGCUGCAGUACGAGUCAACCGUCACGUUCAGGUUUUGGAUUUAUCGAUGCUUGCCGGUUGGAAUCUGCCAUGCCGCGACGCUCGCGCUCGGGAACGCUCAGUACCUGUACAUGGGGAUGGCAGCCAUUCAGUUUCUCAAGUCUUUCACUCCCAUCGUCACAGCCAUCGUGACGUACAUCAUGCUCAACCGAAAGGAGUCCCCUCGCAGCUGCUUUGCCCUCGUUGUCCUAUGCUUCGGGACCUCCAUGGCCGCCCACGGUGACGCGACCAUCUCCACCUUCGGCGUGCUGCUGCAGGUGGGAGGAGCCCUGGCUGAGUCCAUCAGGCUGGUCAUGACGGAUUUCCUCCUAUCCGGGAUCAAGAUGAAUGUGCUCGAGAACAUGUACUGGUUGUCUCCUGCUGGGGGGAUAGCUCUCUUCACAGCUGGGAUGAUCGUGGAGGGGCCGACCAUGAUACGGAGGGGAGACUACAUCAAGCUCUGGCUGAACCCCUUCAUGUUCACCCUGGCAGCCUCGCUGGGGGUUGGAGUGCAGCUCAUCACCACAGCAGUGAUAAAGACCACCAGCGCGACGUCGCUCAAGGUCCUGAGUCAAGUCAGGAACACCAUCCCAGUCUUCUACGGCAUCUUGAUCUACGGGGAGAUCGUCACUGCCAAGCAGUCUGUGGGGUACAUCAUCAGCCUCGCCGCCUUCAGCUACUACACCUACUCCAAGUCUCGCCCGGUCCACAAGCAAGAGGUCUGUGAGAGGAAUCGCUCUAUGCUCCUUUGA